AUGGCGGUGCCGAUAUAUCGGUUCCCGAUCUUUGCGGUGGUGAGAAUUUUCGGAAUUGCUAUAACUGCACUCGUUUUAACGUGGACGGUGCAUUACAGGGGAGGCUUGGCUCUCAUCUCCGACAACAAAGAUCUCAUCUUCAAUGUUCAUCCUGUUUUAAUGGUUAUAGGCCUUGUGCUUAUGAACGGCGAAGCCAUGCUAGCAUACAAGACUGUCUCAGGAACAAAAAGUUACAAAAAAUUAGUUCAUCUUUUUCUACAAUUUCUAGCUCUCUUUUUGAGCAUUGUUGGACUAUGGGCUGCUUGGAAGUUUCAUAUUGAUAAAGGCAUUGACAACUUCUACAGCCUUCACUCAUGGCUGGGCUUGGCCUGCCUUCUCUUAUUUGGAAUUCAGUGGGUUGCUGGAUUUGUGACCUUUUGGUAUCCAGGCGGUUCAAGACAUGGUAGGGCUAGUCUGGUGCCAUGGCAUGUAUUUUUUGGCAUUUAUAUUUAUGCUCUAGCUAUAGCGACUUGCACUACAGGUAUUUUGGAGAAAGCCACAUUUCUUCAGACGCAAAAGCGCCGAUGGAACGGUACUAUGAGUGAUUUGAGUGGUGUUGCAGUGAAGCCCUACUCAGAUCGCCGCUACAAUAGAGCUCAAAUCUAUCUGUACGAGGCCCACCUAUACGACGACGGAAUGUCUGACAUGUUAAACCCUAGGAUAUUAGCCGGGUCCUCUGAAGAUCUGAUCGGCCAUGCGAGGAGCUACUCAUUAAGGAUUCAUGUUCACGUUAAAGAACCUCAUAUGUGGAAAUUUGGUGCUAGCGUCGAAAGGCAAGUGCCAGUGUUGGGAUUGGGUGGUUGUGAAAGUAAGAGUGGCCUCCGUUGUAGAAGCGGUGAGUGCCGAUGGAACGGUACUAUGAGUGAUUUGAGUGGUGCUGCAGUGAAGCCCUACUCAAAUCGUCGCUACAAUAGAGCUCAAAUCUAUCUGUACGAGGCCCACCUAUACGACGACGGAAUGUCUGACAUGUUGAACCCUAGGAUAUUAGCUGGGUCCUCUGAAGAUCUGAUCGGCCAUGCGAGGAGCUACUCAUUAAGGACUCACGUUCACGUUAAAGAACCUCAUAUGUGGAAAUUUGGUGCUAGCGUCGAAAGGCAAGUGCCAGUGUUGGGAUUGGGUGGUUGUGAAAGUAAGAGUGGCCUCCGUUGUAGAAGCGAUGAGGUUGGAACUCUCAUUACUCGAUGGUGGUUGUUGGAGUUUGUUGAUGAUUUUCUGAUUUGGUUUUUUAGUUGA